AAAAAUACCUAUAUUUUUAGGAGAUUUGCAAUAUGGGCUCGCUUAGGUGAACUAGACUAUCUUUCGAUCAACGAAGAUGCCAGACCUACAGACUAUAGAAUAGUAGAACGAAUAAUACAUCCGAAAUACAAAGCAUAUUCCCAUUACAAUGAUAUAGCAUUGUUUCGUUUAGAAAGAGAUGUAGAUUUCUCAUCAUAUGUACGACCUAUUUGUCUCAAUAGAAAUCAUUCUUUGACACCACCAGCAGUAAUAGCUACGGGAUGGGGUAACACUGAUACAGCUUCACUUGGCAGCUCACAUUUAUUAAAAGUACAAAUACAAACUGUUUCGGCCGAAGAGUGCAAUAAAAAUUUUUUGUAUCUGCCAAAUAAAGAACAAAAAUUAGCAAAAGGAAUCCUUAAAGACUUAAUGGUGUGUGCUGGCAAUCCAGAAGGCGGAAAUGACACUUGUCAAGGCGAUUCAGGUGGUCCUAUUCAAAUAAAACAUAAUAGUUACAAGUGCAUGUAUUCACAAAUAGGGAUUACAUCAUUUGCAGGGCCAUUUUGUGGACAAGCCAAUUCGCCUGCUGUUUAUACACGAGUAUCAAAAUAUAUUUCAUGGAUUGAACAAAUUGUCUGGCCAAAAGUUUAA